AGAGAGCUCAUCUGCCCAGCAUGCAAGGAAUUAUUUACUCAUCCACUGAUCCUUCCUUGCCAGCACAAUGUCUGUCACAAAUGCGUGAAAGAAAUACUCUUUGCAUUUGAAGACUCCUUUGCUGAUGGAGGCUCUGAAUCUUCUAAUCAGAGUAGUCCUCGAAUUAGAAUCUCUGCUUCUAGCAUGGACAGAAUUGACAGAAUUAGCAGAUCAGGCAGAAAACGCAAUUCACUGACUCCUAGAUCAACUCUGUUUCCUUGCCCGGGUUGCCAAAGGGAUAUUGAUCUUGGAGAACGUGGCAUCAAUGGCUUAUUUCGUAACUUCACUUUGGAAACCAUUGUGGAAAGAUACAGACAAGCAGCCAGGGCAGCCAUUGCUAUUAUGUGUGAUUUCUGCAAACCUCCACCUCAGGAGUCCACAAAGAGCUGCAUGGACUGCAGUGCAAGCUUUUGCAAUGAGUGUUUCAAAGUACACCAUCCUUGGGGAACUGUGAAAGCCCAGCAUGAAUAUGUAGGACCAACCAGCAACUUCAGACCCAAGAUUUUGAUGUGUCCAGAACAUGAAAUGGAGAGGGUAAACAUGUACUGUGAAAUCUGCAGAAGGCCAGUUUGUCAUCUUUGUAAGCUGGGUGGAUGUCAUGCAAACCACAGAGUAACAACGAUGAGCACUGCCUAUAAAACCCUUAAGGAGAAACUUUCAAAAGAUAUUGAGUACCUCAUCAGUAAGGAGAGCCAGGUGAAAGCUCACAUCACACAGCUGAAUCUGCUGCUGAAAGAAACAGAGUGCAACAGUGAAAGAGCUAAAGAAGAAGCAUCUCAGAGUUUUGAGAAAUUAUUUCAUGUCCUGGAAGAGAAGAAAUCUGCAUCUCUUAGAGCAAUUGAAGCUUCUAAGAAUUUAAGAAUGGAAAAAUUGCAGUCACAAGCAGAAGAAUAUCAAGGGCUCCUGGAAAAUAAUGGCCUUGUGGGAUAUGCUCAAGAAGUGCUUAAAGAGACAGAUCCAUCUUGCUUUGUUCAAACAGCAAAGCAACUUCACGUCAGAGUCCAAAAAGCUACAGAAUCUUUAAAGAGCUUCAGGCCAGCAGCUGAAACUACUUUUGAAGACUUUGUGGUGGACAUAACCAAACAAGAAGAGAUCCUUAGUGACUUGUCCUUCCAUUCCAAUGGUGUAGAAAUACCAGAAAUCAAUGAAGAGCAGAGCAGAAUGUACAACAAAGCUCUGAUCAGUUGGGAAUGCCCUGGGAAGAGAGACUCAGCUGAUAUCUAUAUUCUUGAGUAUCAUAAGCUUAAUAGAGAGGAAGAAAAUGUGACAUGGCAGGAGAUUGAAGUUUGCAGCAAAAGUAAAGUAAUACCUGAUCUCGAUGAUGACAGCACCUAUGCCUUUAGAGUUCGAGCAUAUAAAGGGUCUACCUGUAGCCCUUGGAGCCGAGAAGUUAUUUUGCGUACACCCCCAGCUCCAGUUUUCAGUUUUCUUUUUGAUGACAAAUGUGGAUACAACAGUGAACAUCUCUUGCUGAAUCCAAGAAGAACCUCUGUGGAAAGUAGGGCUGGAUUUCCUCUGCUGCUGGGAUCGGAUCGUAUGCAGGUUGGAUGCUACACAACCCUGGAUUACAUCAUUGGUGAUGCUGGGAUUGCCAAAGGGAAGCACUUCUGGGCUUUUCAUGUGGAAGCUUAUUCAUACCUGGUGAAAGUGGGAGUAGUGUCUAGCAACAAGAUACAGAAAUUGUUCCAUAAUACCCAUGAUGUGGCCAGCCCAAGAUAUGAGCAAGACAGUGGUCAUGACAGUGGAAGUGAAGAUGCCUUUUUUGACUCAUCACAGCCUCUCACUCUGGUCACUUUAGGCAUGAAGAAGUUCUUUAUGCCCACAACACCUGCUGCCCCCAAGGACCCCGCGAGCAGAAUCCUUCCCCUUCCAUCAUGUGUGGGCAUCUGCCUUGACUGUGACAAAGGCAGGGUGGGGUUUUAUGAUGCAGGCUGUAUGAAAUGCCUUUAUGAGUGUGAGGUGGACUGCUCUGGUAUAAUGUACCCAGCAUUUGCCUUAAUGGGUGGUGCAGCAGUUCAUCUUGAGGAGGCUGUCACAGCUAAGUAUGAAGAGUACCAUGAUGAUAUCUAGUGCAGUAAUCUCUUCCUGUUGCUGUUUUGAGAUGUAAAAUGAGAGCAGAAGAAUUCUACUUUAGUUUUAAGUUCUGAUUAAUCACAUUCUACCUUCAUGUUGUUCACAAACUACUGGCCCAUGCUUUUUGUAAACAAAUGGUCCAGAUAACUCCUACACCAGUGAGAAAUGUUCUUCCAGAAACUCUCCUGCCUUUCUUGUCAUGCUGUUCUCCACAGACUUUUUUCCCAGGGUGAAGAAGGGAAGAAGUUUGACUAGCAACCAAAAUUACUCUUCAGGGGUAGACAUCUGCCUUUUAUUGUAACUUAAAUGCUUACAUUGUUAGUUUUGCAUUUAGUGAAGUCAAAUAUGACAGCAUGUGAUUGCCAUUCUCAUCGAGUCAUAGAACAGCUUAGGUUGGAGAGAUGUCAGACAUCAUCUACUCCAACACCCCUGCCAUGGACAGGGACAACUUUCAACUAGACUUGGACACCUCUCAAUUUUCCUUUCAAGAAAUCUACCUGAAUGUCUUUGAGCACCACGGGUUGGGCUUUUCAGCACAAAGUAACAUUUACAAAUGCAAAAUAUAAAUCAGAGGGAAGUCAGAACUGCAGCUGAAUAUUUAAGUUGUAUUUGGAAAGAAGGUAAAUUAGAACCUGAUUGCAUGUCAUGUACCUUUAAUGUGACCAUAAGCUAAAUCAUUAAUUCUGACACCUGGUGCCAUGUAAUUGGUGGCUUAACAGUAUAUUUCUUUACUUCCAGGUGUUUACUAUAGGCUAUAUAAAAUAAACGAAGUGCAAUUCUACCUUAAGCAUCAGACUUUAGAGUCCAAAAUCAGAAGUGUUUGCAUGUCUGAGUAAUAGUAGCUGG